AGUUGGUGGCCAAGUUUAGGGUGUGCCAGGUGUGAGGAGUGGAUCUAGUUUUCUUGCUCUGGCCACUUUCAUAGACAACUCUGAUUUUAACAAAAAUGAAACCUUAGGAUCUCAGAAUACAGUCAAUGCUCUUCCAUCCAUGACUGCAAGGGUUGUUUCUGGAAGCCUCUUUGUUCUGAGGAGGCAAAAAACCCAGUGAAAUGAAAAGUUGUUGUCCAAGGGCAACGUGGUGAUCUCUUGGCAAUGAUAUUGAGCCUUAGGGUGUUUUAAUCUUUCAAGGUCUUCUGCAGGCCUUCCCCUCUAGGUAGGCCACCUAAGAAGGAGGAUCUUUUUCUCUUCCACUUUAAAAAGGACACACUGCUUUAAACAAACUUAUGUGAAAACCCUCAUCUACUAAGCAGGCAUAUUGGGAAUUUAUUCUUUGGUUAAAAGAUUAACCUUUGAGACUGCGUGCCAUCAUAGCGGUCACGUCACGCUCUGUACCGCUCCCCACCGUUGCCCUGUAGCAGCAGCCGCAGCCCCCGAUGCCAGCCCCAGGGGCCUCCUGUACCCAGGUCCAGGUCCCGGCUCCACCGCUGCUGUCCAGUCAGUUCGCUGCUACUCCCAGGGGGUCGCAUGAAACAGAUGGGGAGUUUGAUGCUCACCGGGUGACAUACUUCAACAAGCCAGAUAUUGACGCCUGGGAAUUGUGUAAAGGGAUGAACACACUUGUUGGCUAUACUCUGGUUCCAGAACCUAAAAUCAUUGAUGCUGCUUUGCGGGCAUACAGAUGGUUAAAUGAUUUUGCUGGUGCAGUUCGCAUCCUAGAGGUUGUUAAGGACAAAGCAGGACCUCAUAAGGAAAUCUACCCCUAUGUCAUCCAGGAACUUAGACCAACUUUAAAUGAACUGGGAAUCUCCACUCCAGGGGAACUGGGCCUUGACAAAGUGUAAACCCCAUGGAUGGCUUCUCAAGGAUUUAUUCAUAAUGCUACUUGAUUAUAAACAGUCACCUGGAAUUACUGAUGAUAACGUAUUACCUUAUUUGAACAAGUUUUCCUUUAUUGAGUACCAAACCAUGUAAUGGUAACUUGGACUUUAAUAAAAGGGAAAUGAGUUUGAACUGAAAAAAAAAAAGAAAAAAAAGAUUAACCUUUGAAUGGCCAACACCCCCAGAGACUGGAUUUAAAAGUCCUGUGGAUUCUAGCAUUCUUUGGAAAUAACAAGUUCUUUUCCUACUCUAGGGUUUUUGCCAUUUGGAGCCACAGAAAAAAGAUAAUUUUCAGGAAGAGGAAAAAUUUGAGAGCUCUUGGAUAUGACUGUUCAUAAUGGUGGAACUUGGCUUCUACCUGCCUUAACUGCUUUUCGUU